AUGUUCCCUUUCUUUCUCCACUCUAUCCUCAACACCGUCACUUUGUCCAUCAGACGAUUUCACUUCAUCAGUUCAUCCGCUUUUUCUCUCUUACUUCGAUCUCUCUCUCUCUCUCUUUCUCUCUUUCUUUCUUUUAUCAGUAUCUCUCUCUUUUCUCUUUCUUCCUUUAUCAGUCGCUAUUGCCCUCCUAACUCUCGUGACAUAUUUUUUACCUACCACUUACAAGUUAUUCAAAUUCAAAACUUGUUCUUACUUGCCAAUCUUGGUGAUAAAUUCAUCCUUCAAAAGGACGAUUAUUUCUUUGCCACUCUUUCUCUACCCUCUCUUUCACUACUCUCUCUUUCACUAACCUCUCUUUCCAAUCUUCUUACUUUUUCCUUUUCCUCUCAUUAUCUCGAUUUCACUUGCCCUCCAUUUUCUACAUCAUUUUUCAGUCAAUUUUUCAUGGUCUUUUUUUUUCAUUUUCUCUCUUAUGUCUAUUCUUUCUUCAUAACAUUUUUUACCUUCCUUUCUUCCUCUCUUUCUUCAAUUCUUUCAUAUACUCCACGUAUUUUCGUUUUUAUUUUAUUUUCCUCUUUCUUACUGCUUUUCCGUUUUUAUUUUCCUUCUUUUUUUAUUUCUACCUUUCUUUCGUUAUCUUUUUUAUUUCAUAUACUUUCUAGUUUUCCUUCCUCGAUGUUCCCUUAUUUUCUUACACAUUUUAUCUCUCUUUUUUCUUUUUUUUUUUUUGCUACUUCAUUUUUUAAUAUUUUUCUUUUCACUCUCCUUAUAAAUUUGUUUUUCUUUCACUAUAAAAUGUCAUCUGCCAUUUUCUUUUCUGCCUCUCUUUGUUUCUUCCUCUCUAUCUCUUUAAAUCUUUCACUUUUUGCUUGCUAA